AGAGCAGGCAGCAGAGACCAUGGAGCCCCGCUCAGCCACUUCCCACGGAGGAUGUGCUCCCUGGCAGGGGCUCCUGCUUGCAGCCUCACUUUUAACCUUCCAGACUACACCCACCACUGCCCAACUGGCCAUUGAAUUGGUGCCUUUCAGUGUUGCUAAAGGGGGAGAUGUGCUUCUACUUGUCCACAAUUUGCCACAGAACACUAUAGGCUAUAAGUGGUUUAAAGGCGAGAGGAGUGAUUCCAGCCGAGAGAUUGCAGCCUAUGUGAUAAGCACUAUGGUCACUACACCAGGGCCUGUGUUCAGCGACCGAGAGACAAUAUACCCCAAUGGAUCCCUGCUGCUCCGGAAUGUCACCCAACAGGACACGGGAUACUACACCCUACAAGCAUUAAAGGACAAUUUUUGGAGUGAAGAUGCAUCUGGACAGUUCCGUGUAUACCGGGUGUUACCCAAACCCUUCCUCACAACCAACAACUCCAACCCUGUGGAGGGUGAGGAAGCUGUGGCAUUCACAUGUGAACCUGAGAUGGGGAACACAACCUACCUGUGGUGGAGAAAUGGUCAGAGCCUUCAAGGUGGUGGCAGGCUGCAGCUGUCUAAUGGCAACAAGAGUCUCACUAUAUUCAAUGUCACAAGAGAUGACACGGGAUCCUAUGAGUGUGAAAUGUGGAACGAAGCGAAUAGCAACCGAAGUGACCCACUCACCCUGAAUGUUUCCUAUGGCCCGGAUGCCCCCAUCAUAUCACCCCCAGACUCCUACUUCCAUCCAGGGACAACCCUCAACCUCUCCUGCUACGCAGCCUCUAACCCACCUGCACAGUAUUCUUGGCUUCUCAAUGGGAGCUCCCUGCAGUCCACGCAGGAGCUUUCUAUCCCUGACAUCUCUGCAAAUAAUAGCGGAUCUUACACCUGCCUCGCCUCUAACCCUGCCACUGGCCUCAAUACGAGCACAGUCAAGAAUGUUACAGUCACUGAGCUGGUGUCCACACCCUCCAUCCAAGCCAGCAACACCACGGUCUCAGAAGAGGAUUCCGUGGUCCUGAGCUGCCUCUCAAGUGACACUGGAAUCUCCAUCCAGUGGAUCUUUAACAACCAGAGUUUGCAGCUCACAGAGAGGAUGAAGCUCUCCCAGAACAGCAGCACCCUCACCAUCAACCCUGUCAAGCGACAGGAUGCCGGGGAGUAUCAGUGUGAGGUCUCCAACCCUGUCAGUUCCCGCAGGAGUGACCCCCUCAGCCUGCAAGUGAACUAUGAUCCAACCCAAGAAAGUUCUGGCCUCUCAGUCGGGGCCAUCGUUGGCAUCGUGAUUGGAGUUGUAGCAGGGGUGGCUCUGAUAGCCGCCCUGGUAUAUUUCCUGUUUUUCAGGAAGAUUGGCGGGGCAAGCAACCUGCACGAUCUCACAGAGCACAAACUCUCAGUCUCCAGCCACAAUCCGGGCCCCUCUGACAACUCUCCUAACAAGGUGGAUGAAAUUGCAUAUUCUUCCCUGAAUUUCAAUACCGUCCAACCAAAGCAAUCAACUUCAGACUCCGCGUUCUCCACAGUACCAGAAACAGUUUAUUCAGAAGUAAAAAAGAAGUAACUCAACCUGCCCUGUCACAGCACUGCUGAUGUACUGCACAGCUCUCACCCAGAGGAAAAGGAAACAAGUCCCCCUCCCUCUGCCCUCCCUCAUACAGCGCCUCCAGGCUGCACCGCCUUCUGCCAGUGUCAAUAAAUGAAAAGGUACAUCCGGGGAGUCUGUGGGAAACCUAACCUUCCUUGUCAUUGAGAACUGGCAAAGCCAAUUUUGGGAGAGAGUUGCCAGAACUUCCCUACCCUUCCCUUUUGCUCAGCCUAGAUCUGUUCUAAAGUUAUUUAUUCAGAGCAUACUCGUUUCUUCCCAUCCCAGCCCUGUCCUAUCAGACAAUAACUUGAAUUUGCCAUCUUUUGAGGGCUAUUUCCUUUUCCACUUAAGUGCACAUGCCAGAAAAAAGAGAGAGAAAGAGAGAAAGUAAAAUCAAUAAUGGCUUUUCCUUUCUCUCCAAACCCGGAUGGGAAACCCACCACAUUCAAGAAAAUCAAAUAUGUAACCAAUGGUGCACUGAGAAAUUCUAUACUUUUGUCUACUGUGGUGGGGUCUAAACAUCCUGCUGCUUAGCUAGGACACCCCCUAAUCCCUCUGGCAAGCCCGUCUCAGAGAAUCCACUAGAAACUACGGAAAUGAUUUGCCAAUGUCCACAGGCAAUUCCCAAUAGAAAAUGCAAAAGUGCACAUACAUCUUUAAUACCUGUGAGGGCUUUGUUCAAGGAAAUGCCUGGCAAGAGAGAGACUACAGCUUUGUGGGGGAACUCAACUCUGAAGAAACGCAAUCUGCUGGAAACGGGAAAAGAACAGCGAGUUAUCCUUCGUUCAUUAUUUAAAAUUAUUGUCAAAGAAUGCACAGCUGAAGGCAUGUGGUUUUUCCCCUUUUCUGAGACAUUCCGCCAUGUUAAUUUUUCUAACUGCUUACUUCUACGAAAAGAGUUAUUUUUACUUAGCUGUGUCAGCUGAUCUGAUAGCCUUGGUAUAUAGGAAGCCACCAAAAUCCCUCAGGCCCCCUCGGCCAGGAGCCUCUGAAAGGCUUUUUUGUCCAAGGCUUCAAAUAAAAAAUAAGAAGAGGUUUUCCUCGUUCGUGUGAGAAAUGGGCCUGGCUUAGCUUCUAGCCAUGUCAGAUCAGUCACCAGCUGCCCUUUCGGCCCACGUUUCUGCCUGUGCUUUUCUACUUGUCUGCCCUAAUGUCUCAGGAAUCCUUGGCCUCUGCGAGGGUGUGUUUGAUCCUUGCAAAGUGGGAGCGCCCUAAAAGGAAAAAAUAGGCUCCUGCUGAUGGCUUUGUUUACAACCUGGGAAGCUGCACCGGUGCUGAUGCCCCUUGGGAAUGAGGGCUGCAAGAGGGUGUGAGGACAUGAGGAUGACCCCACCUGGGUUCUCCGAUCAGCCUCUGAGACUUACCUUUUCUCCCGUGGGGGUCUAUGAGUCCCGAGGUGAGAAGGCAAGGCGAAUGUACCUCUCAUGCUGCCUUUUGCUACACAGAUACUAUGUCUUUGGGGCCGUAAAGAGAAAGACUUUAUUUGAUAUUAACUGAUGGAUCUCACGCUAUGCCUCACGGGCCUCCUCUGAGAGAAUUCAGUGGGAGUUCUCCUACUCAGGUACCUCUUCCAGGGAUUUCUAGCCCUGACACAGAUUGUAUGUAUUUUCCCUCAUCCAUGCUGUGCUGGGUUAUUUAAUUUUGCCUGGCUAAAGCCACUUCUGAUUGUUUGUAAAAUUUGCUCUAUAUUUAUAAUAAAAAUUAUAUACCAGACAUCAA